CUCACUCGCAACGGGCGCGCGUGGCGGCGUGAUUCGUACGUAGUUCCGUGCCGCAGCGUGUCACUGUUGAUUCUAGAGAGGGUGGUGCUAUUUCUGCUUUCCCCGCAAAUCAAAGCAACCCUCGUAGCCGACAUAGCAGUGCAAUAGUGCAGUACAGAAAGGGAGCUCGCUAGCCGAAACAGAAAGAGUGAGCGAGAGACAAAGUGCCAUCAUCCGGGAUCAAUCGGCGUAAAUUUAGAGCAAUUGGUUGUGCGUGCCGGGGACCGGGGGAGACGUGGGCACGAAUCAGCUGUCCGACCGUUUUUUUUACACCGAGCACCGGGAACGGUACUCGGUCCAGCGGGGUCCAGCAUCAUCACGAAACUUCCUGUCUUGAUGCCACUCUAGCCAACCAACAGAUUAAAGAUGACCACAUCGAACGGUGAGCUGCUCGGGUUGGCCUUUAUGGCGUUCUUCAUUAUAACGCUGUCGUCGACGGCCCGAUACUACUUCAAAUUCUUCUGCUUCAUCACCCUCUCGCUGAUAUGCGCCGUAGGACCUGUUCCGUUAAUGCUGCUUCGACCCCGCGACUACCGAAAUGCGCUAAUUCCGGCGUACUUGUGUGUGGGCUUCGGCAAGAUGCUCGGAGCAUCGUUCACGGUACGCGGCAAGGAACAUAUCCACCGGAACCAUGGCGGAGUCGUGCUAAUGAACCACCAGAGCGCCCUCGACUUGAUCGUGCUGGCCGAACUGUGGCCAAUAAUGGGCCGUUCGACGGUAGUCGCGAAAAAGGAAGUCCUGUACCUGUUCCCGUUCGGCACGGCCUGCUGGCUGUGGGGCACCCUUUUUAUCGAUCGGAAGAACCGUGAUUCAGCAAGGAAUGUUAUCAACAAAGAGGCGAAAGCGAUCAACGAGAAACAGGCGAAGCUACUGUUCUUCCCAGAGGGCACCAGAGGCAGCGGUGACCGGCUGUUGGCGUUCAAGAAAGGAUCCUUCCACGUUGCCGUCGAGUCGCAGGGCUUCAUUCAGCCGGUGGUCAUUUCGAAGUAUCAUUUCCUCAAAUCCAAAGUCAAGAUUUUCGAUCGAGGGCAAAACAUUAUCAAAAUUCUGCCGGAAAUUUCGUGUGCCGGGCUGACGAAGGACGACAUUCCGGAGCUGAUGGAGCAGGUGCAGAAAAUUAUGCAGAAGGAGUACGAAGCGCUUUCCGAGGAGUCGCUAGCUAUCAAUAACCUGAGCGAGGUGCACUAGAAGUAAGGCCGAGUGUUCGGCCCAGUGCCGGCCGGGAAGCUUCCCUGGACGAUGCUUAGGGUUUCUUAUCAUACUUUCUUUCGUUUGUUUUCGGAAACUGUGCAUUGUUUCAAAGAGCAUCAACAUCGAUCACCACCAUCUAGUUGAAGGAAAUUUUUCUCUAUGCUCCAGGUCGUACUUUACUCGAA